AUGAGCACAAAGAGCGCCUUGAAAUCCGUCCGCCUCAAGCUCCAAAAUGACGAGCCAGAAGGUGCACUGCACGAGGCCACGCAACUCCUACGCAGCAUUGGCGAAAAGGAUCCAGAAGCACCGACUGUCCUUGCCUUCCGCGCAUUAGCCCUCACGCAUGUCGAGCGCCUCGAUGAGGCUGAGAAGUCGUACCACGCGGCGCUGAGACUCGCGCCUGGCCAUCAUUUAGCUCUCCCUGGCCUCAAGAAGCUCUACAUCAAGAAUCAGCGCUGGGAUGACCUUGGGCGCCUACUAGAGCUGCAGGUUCAGGCAGCGUACGACACAGGUGACGCUGAAAAGGCAUCUGAUGCGAUGCAGGAGGUGAUGGAGCACCGCCUCGCCCACGGUCCAAACGACAAGCUGUAUGGAGCGCUUCGCCUCCUACUGCCUUCGUCCCCGCUCGUCCCUCUCAUCCAGUCUGCGCCGGUUCCUCAGGGAUCUUACUUGCCUCUGCAGGUGCCAAAGUACCCUGCGGCCAAGGACGCGGCCCCUCCCGAGAUUCCUCGCCCGCUCCCCCACGUCCACCAUCUCGCUGGAUCGCUCGCGCUCGUGACCUACCUCCUUCUUCGAGUCCAGGCUGAGAUCUAUACUACGACGGAGGUGCAAGUCAAAGCGGGUCGCCAGCGCUUGGGUGCCGGCACUGAGCGCGAUGUCAGGCGGCGCGUCGACGCCGAGGUGCUCGGUGGUCCGCAGGGCGCCCAGAUGAUUGAUCUGCUCCGCGACGUCUCAUCCCAUCCGUCGGUGGACGAGGACAUGCGCCGCCUCGUCGAGGUACAAGAGUUCAGGUACUGGCGCCGCCUCGUAUCCGUUAUCACCGACGGCAAUAACAAGAAGGCCGCACCCAAGGCCUCAGCCAGGGGCGGGACGAUGAUCUCAGCUUCACUGCCGCCCAAGCCAACCCCGACACUAGCAGAGGACCCCAAUACCCCUGCAUUGUUUAGAACGCCGGAGACCCCAAAGAUCACGAAGGCCGAGGCGGGCAAGCGCACUGAGGGGCUUGCGAAGGGCUUUGUGCUCCUUGAGGUUGGCUUCCCCGGGGCGGAGGAGGCGUGGGCAUGGGUCAUCGAGGGGCGAGACGAGCCGACCAUCGAGUAUGACCACAACCUUCUCCUCAAGUUUGCCAAGGUGUUCCGAGACUCUGCAUUCACCGACUUCAUCGACGAUUACGCUCGCCUUCUCAAGCUUCCUCUCCCUGAGCCUGACGAGGAGCAGCCCACGCCGGCUGAAGAUUCUGGAAGUGACAAGAAGAAGAAGUACCGCAGGCCGACGAAGGGCCAGAAGGACCGCGAGAACGCUCGCGCUCGCCGCAAAGCGCGCCGUGAGGCGGUACGUGAUGGCGAGCUCGUCGAGAACCUCACCGAGGAGGAACGUGAGGAGCUGAUUGCCACCAUGACCAAAACGCUCGACAGCCUUAAGACGUCGAUCUUUGCGCAUCGGGUCAUGACGCAUGUCGCUAUCCAGGAGGAGGACUGGGCGAACGCGAUCACCUAUGCCGAGAAGGCUCGCAAGCUCGUGCGCGAGGUCGAGACCGAGCGGGGCAUCACACUCCCGAAGGCCAUGGCUUCCUUGGACGAAGAACUCGGACUGGCGCUUGUGCCCUACUACCCUCCCAAGCACCACCAGCGUGCCUCACGCCUGCUGAACGGCGUCCUCAAGCUCCAGCCUGCCAAUUACGCCGCUCGCUUCGGCAUCGGCCAGAUCCUCGAGGUAGCCGGCGACUGGUCCGGAGCGCAGGACGAGUUCAAGCGCCUCCUGGACCAAGGCGGCGAAGACAAGGAGAUGAUAGCUGCCAAGGAGGAGCUGGGCUGGUGUCUGGUCAACCAAGGCAAGUUGACCGAGGGCCGCGAUGUGCUCGAGGAGGUCGUCGAGGUUAGAGACACUCGCAAGGAGCAAGAAGGCAAGGACGACGAGGCGUUAGUCCGCGCACGUGCGUGGUGGCGCCUUGGCCGUACCGAGUGGAUGAUCGGGGACGACCAGUCGCGGACCCAAGCUGAGGAGUGGUUUAUGGCCUCGCUCCGCGCGGACGCGUCUUUCGCCGCGUCAUACACUGCCCUCGGCAUCUGCUAUGCCGAGGCGCACUCGCCUCCGGACAUGGAGCGCGCGCUCAAGUGUUUCCAGAAAGCGUUCGAGCUGGACGCCACUGAGGCUGAUGCCGCGCGGCGCCUGGCAUUCGCUUACGCUGACGUGGACGAAUGGGCGCAGGUCCGCGCGAUCGCUAUGCGUGUUAUGGAGGGCGAAGGUGGUGUUGAGGGCAUCGCUGGUGGCGAGGUCAUGAACGCUGCAGGACGCUUCGCGCCAACCAACGGCUGGGCGUGGAAGGCACUCGGCUCGACCGAGAUGUACUACAAGAACUACGCCAAGGCGAUCCAAGCUUUCCAGGUGGCUCUGCGUGCCGACCCUGAGGACGCAAGCAUGUGGCGCAUGCUUGGCGACGCGUAUGUCAAGAGUGGCCGACACAUGGCGGGCCUCAAGGCGCUGCAGAAGGCGCUGGAGAUCGACCCGACCAUGUGGAUGGCGCACUAUCACAUGGGCGAGACGUACAUGCAGCUCGGUGACUACGCGGGCGCGAUCGCGGCUUUCAAGGAGGUUGACUCCGCAACCGAGUCGGCCGAGGUUGGCGUGACUGCUGCGCUGGCCGAGGCGGCGGUGGCGCUUGGCCGCUUUUCGGCGGCUGGCGGGUUCCGGGAGCGCUCGAGGAGCGCCUUCCAUACGGCCAUUGGGUAUGCUCUGCGGGUACUCACCUCUGGCAGGUCGCACCGGGCCUGGGCGUGGAAGCUUAUCGGCGACGCCGCCCUACAGCUCGCUGAGCGGGAGGUCGACUUGAAGGACAUCGAGUCCACGGCUGCUGUCCUCCAACCCGUCCUCGAGCACCUCAUUGCUGACGAUGACGAUCGUCGUUCCUCCGUCACUGGACUUGGGCACGCCUCCAACCUCCUCCAAGCCGCUUCUGGACCGCACUACGCGGUCAAGGCUGCCGUGUUCGCCUUCGCGUACCGUGCUCACCUGCUUAAGAACGAGCACAGCGCCAACUCGGCGCUGUACGACCUGGGCUGUGCGCUACACACCCUCGCGACCCGCGACGAAGAUGUACGCACGCCCGCCACCAAGGCGGCCAUCUCGGCAGUGCGCCUUGCGCUCGAGCGCGACGCAAGCGACGAGCGUCUGUGGAACGCUCUCGGGGUGAUCUGCUCGGCGGCGGGCCAGCAGCUCGCGCAGCAUGCGUUUGUGGUCUCGCUCGAGCUGUACGCCAAGGACCCCGAAGUGUGGACCAAUCUCGGCUUCCUGUACCUGCGUGCCGGCGACCGCGAGCUGGCAAACCAGUGCUUCCUCAAGGCACAGACGCUCGACCCGGACUGUGCCCGUGCGUGGUUCGGACAGGCGAUCCUCGCCCAGAGAGACGGGCAGCACCACGCCUCGGCUGGUCUGUUUGCGCACUCGGCUACACUCUCAGCCGGCAGCCUGCUGGAAGCGGAUCUGGCGCUCGCGCUUGGCGCCUUCGGACCCUUCCUGAACCCGCAUACGCGGGACACGACGCCUCUCCACCAAGCCGCGUUCGCACUCGCGUGCUACGUCGCUGCGCACCCCGAGGAUGCAGAAGCAAAGCACCUCCAGGCUCUCGUCUCGGAGCGCCUGGGCCUUACAGGCCAGGCCGUCGCUGUGCUCGAGGACGCGACUCAGCUGCUGGAGGACGAAUUCGAGCGCUCCGAAAGUGCCCAAAUCGAGGCGAACUACGCAACGGCACUGCUGAACCUCGCUCGCGUCCGCCUCGCCGCGGGCCAGUACGACGCGGCCCUGAGCGCAUUCAAAGACGCGGCCGAACUGUCGGUGGCCUCUUCCGAGGAGCGUGUGACGUGCCAGCUCGCACAGGCGCGCACAGGUGCGGCACUCGCCCACUUCUGGCUGGGCGACCACAACGCGUCGCUCGAGGGCUUCCAGGCAGCCCUGGACGCCGCGAAAAACGAUGAUGCGCUCACUGACGAGAUUGCCGUGCUGUUCGCGCGUACGCUGUGGUCAGUUGGAGGGGAGGAUGCCGCGGAGGCAGCCAAGACGCAGCUCAUGGAAUCGCUGGAACACGAGCGCCCUUCGCUCAAGGUCAUCGCAGCUCUUGGCGCAGCCGCCCUCGCCUCGUCCGACGCGGACCUGCUAGACGCUGCGCUGGCCGAGCUCGCCAACCCAACCCCCGAGCAACGGGCACAGGAUCCUCAACGUACAGCGGAUGCUGUGCUCGCCGCAGCAGCCCUAGCGAAUGGAAACGAGGACGGCGCUAUCGCGAGCCUGGAAUCCUCAGCGGCCUCGGCGCCUUGGGACCCUGUAUCCCGUAACCGCCUUGCAGCGGCGUACGUCGCAGCGGGCAAGACCGAGCCCGCGAUUGCACUGCUCCAACGGACUUCCGAUGGGCCGGUUCUGGAGGCGGCCCGGGCCAACUCUAUGCGGGGCAUUGCUCUUACCCUCGAAGGCGAGAGCGGGAUGCAGAAUCUCCAGCGCGCGAUUAUGCUGCGUCCGUGGGACGAGGAGGGGUGGGAGGCGCUGGCUUGGGCUCGACGGGCUGAGGUUGAGCUCGAGGAGUCAUAG